AUGCCCUCAAAGCUCACCCACCAAGGCUCGGAACUUUGUUUUAGGGUUAGGGUUUUGUGGGUCUUCCGUAUUCUUCGGUUACGUUUCAAAUUUCGUGAACUUCGAUUCUUCAAUUUGCAGAUUCCCUUUGGACUCUGUCACUUUGUGCUUCACUGUUUCUCUAUCUAUUGUGUGGAGCUCUGUGAAGGUAAACAGAAGUGGGGUUCACUGGUUUUCCAAACUUUUCACUGUUGUUCUGUGAUGGAAGGUUGA